AUGGCCCAGGCACGUGAACCCAAAGGAGUCAAGAAAUCCAGCACUUCAACCGGGGAACCUGGAAAACGGAGGACACCAUACGCUCUGCGCGCAUGCGACGCAUGUAGAAGGCGAAAGGGAAAAUGCGACGGGCGACAACCAUGCAGGCACUGCUCAAGCCGAAACCAAAAUUGCAGUUACAGCAGCAGUCUCGAGAACAAUAGCUCCAGUCUUGACAGCGACGAUUGGCACCCCGCUACAACGACAGCAGCGCCCCCAGCGCCCGCCAUCACUGACCCGAUACCUGCGACUACAAACCACGACUGCGCGACUUCGGGGACCUCAUGUCAGACGAACCAAGCUGCGAUUGUUGAUAUGCUCUCUAGUCUUCAGGAGCAAUUGAAUAGUUUGGCGUCGCAAGUGCAAUACUCGAGUAACCAGGAACAACCAAAUCUUCCGUCGCCAAUGACUACGAUUGCUGCGACACGACCCCGCGAUCAUAUUCCCACCGCAAAUCCCAAUACAAUACCCAUCAUCAGUCACAGUUACACUGAAUCCACCAUCGAUGAUCAGAGCUCAACGCCAAAAUCCUCCCGAACGACAGCCUCUCAACAUUUCUACGGCCCAACAUGUCCAGACUACGCACUGAACGUGGGACAAUUAAAACUUCGGCGGAAUAGCUUGCCAGGUCCACCACUUCAACAAAAGCAACUACAACUUGCCAGUAUCCACGAAGACGACGCUUCCGAUGAGGCGGAUCAGAACGAUGGGCAAAAUACACAAUUCUCUGUAUCGCCGCGCACGAUCGACAAGGGCGACCCAGCUAUGCUUUUGACAUUUCGCUCAAUUAUGGGGCUGCAAGAGACUACCCAGCUUUUGUACAUUUACCAAGAGGUCGUUGGUGAACUUCAUCCCGUUGUUGAUAUCGACGCGCUCAUUGUGCAGACGCGUUCGUGGUAUGCUGAAGCUGAUGCUGGGAUAUGGGAUGUUUUGGCGUCGAGCACUGGAGCUGCUACCAUCCAGCAUGCGACCAUCGUAUUCCUCAAGGGCUGGUACGACUUCUUCCAAGAGAUGCCCCGCUCAGCUUGGCGCAUGUGCGGCAUCGCCGGUCGCAUGCUGAUGGAACUCGGCCUACACAACGCCGAAGUCUUUAGACAUACCGUCAAGACCGAGGCUCAACGCACAGAAGCCUGCACUCUGAUCAGCAGUAUUGUCAUUCUUGAUCGACAAUGGAGCUACGCAACUGGUCUACCAACACACUUCCAAGACAAGAGCUUCAGCUCCAUGUCUACAUCUUCUGUCAAGAACCCAUACCUCAAAGCCAUGCUCUCCUUUAUCCUCAUAAGCGACCGUUUCAGCGAACCUAUAUCCAACGCCGCGAAAGGCGAAGGCUACAACGAUGAAAACUCCUUUGAGUUGAUGAGCUUUCAGAUCGAGCAGUGGAGAAAGAAGGCUGUUGGUGAUUACACCGUUGCAAAUUGUCAAACAUGGCAUACAGAUCCAUCAAGUCGUCCGCCAACAUGGACCAUCUUACUAAACCUCCGAGCGGAAUCCGUUCGGAGCCAACUCCUCAAACCGUUCUUCUUUUCAGAAUUGGAUAUUGAGAUUACAAAGAACCACGUUCGACCAGCGACUGAUCGAGUUUACGAUAUCAUUCAUGUUUUGCACACGCUUGACGCGACUACGGAUAUCUACCGCAAGCAACAUCCAUAUUACCAACAUAUACUGGCAUGUACCGCUGGUCUAGCAUUUCUGCUCAUCGCUUUCAUAAAGCAAAACAGAACAACAAUGCUACCAAGUCUGACACCCGAUCUCAUCGAGUCUCUCGGCGGCAGUUUCAGCAUGUGCGUAACGCUCACAACAAAAUACACGCGCCGCUCGCGCUCCGCCCGUCGUCUCGCCAAGCGUCUUAUCGAGAUGCGACGCAACCUUCUCAGCCUAGGAAUUCUGAACCCAGCGAGCCCAGGAAGCCACGAAGGUCUAGAUAACGUCACAGAGUCAAUCAGAAGAGCGAGUCUUGCACAGCCAGUUGGAGAUUUCCAACCCUAUACAGAGUACUCGCCGCCUUUUAAUAACGGUGUCGUUCCCGGGGGAUUUGUGGCUGGGACGGUACUUUCGGAUACGGAUAUGCAGAUGGGCUGGGAGGAUUCGCUAAGGUUGCAGUGGCCUAUUGGCGAUGUUAAUCACAUGUUUUCGGAGAGCAUAUUUUGA